AAAAAAGGAUAGUAUAGCAUGUAAAAUACGCUAAUGUAAUGUAAGAUUAUACACGAAUCAUACAAGAGCUAAGUGCAACUCUCAAAAGUCAAAACACAAUUGGAGCCAAAAAUGUCAAUGAUUUAAAAUAGAUGGACCAAAACAAUAAUUUAUUUUAUCGAAUUUUCUUAUGAUUAUUAUUUUCCCCCAGCCCAAUUCGAAUGAGCCCAGCCUUUUGUACCAGGUCCGUGUACCCGAAGUCCACUCCCUCGAUCGUCUUCCUCGUUUCAGAGUUUCCGAUCUCUGCCACCACCACCGUCAGAGGAAGCUCCGAACAGUCGCAAUUUCAUUAAGAUCAAUCUCUUCGCUCUUCAAGUAAGUACAAACUUCUGCUCUAGCUUUCUUUUCCUUCAUUUCGCUUCAUAGAAAUAUAGAAAAGAAAUCCACCAAAGAACCACCACCCCCAUUGAGAUCCGAUCCAAUUCAACCCGUGAUUGGAUCAGAGAUAUUUGAUCCCCCAUGUCGUGUUUAGCUAUAGCACUCCAACCCGCAAAUGGGCCCGACGUUUUGCUCCAAACCCGGGAAUGGUUUCCCCCAUCCCGAGCUCUCGUGGCACUUUCCGCCUUUCGCCAAACCCGCUUAGCGUUUUCCUCUAAGCAUCAUUCCGCCGCCAAUUCCGACGACUCAUCAGCUGACCCUUCUUCCCUCGGCGACGAUCCUCUCGCCGCCUCAAGCGGCCAAGUGAUUGUUGGCGUGGAAAGUCGGUACCGGGUGGUUUAUCGAUUAGUCAAUGCUAUUUACGUUUUGGGUGUUACUACUCUUGAUGAGACGAAUAAUAAUGUGUUUGAAUGUAUUAGCAUUGUUAAUCAAGCUGUCAGUGUUGUCGUGACCGCUUGCCGGGGUGUCGAUGUGACUCCCGAGAAGCUUGGUAAGAAAUACGCAGAGAUUUACAUGGCUUUGGAUAUAGUUUUGAAGGGAGUGAGUAGUAUUAGAUUGGCAGCUAUGCUUUCCACCAUGCACGGUGAUGGCAUUGCUAAGAUGGUUCAUUCUGCAAUCCACACGGAGAAUAAGAUUCGCGGCGCUGAUAAUUGGGCCAGUAUGGAGGGAUAUUAUGUUGAACAGGAGAGCGGCGUGGAUGCGUUUUCAAAGGCUACAUUUGAGUUGCCUUCGGAGACUUUGGAGGCUGGUGAUGAGGUGGCUACUAGUAUGGCAUUUACAGGUGGUCAAGCUGAAGUGAAGGAUGAGAAUGUAGUGGAGGAAAAGGAGGAAGAGAAGGAUCCAUUUGCUGCCAGUGAGAUGAUCAAUAAGCCCGAGUCCCUUGUUGAAGGGUUUAAGAAGGACAAGGAUCAGAGUUCGGAUUUGAGUAAGGCAUUGGCAGGGCUUGAGGUUACCACGUUGCCACCUGCUGCCGCUACUGAGUCCACUCAUAUAGGUGUUGAAGGGUUUGAAGGAAACUAUGGAGGGAUUGAGUUUAGUCUAGAUGGAUCAACGCUGCCAGAAGACUUUGAAGGGAUUAAUGAUGCUUGGGGUGGUGGAUUGGAUGCCUCAGAGUACGUGGAGUCUAAGAAGGUCAAGAAAAGAGAGGGGCUUGGUGGGCUUGAAUUGUUGGAAACUAGUGAGCCACCCGGUAAGACUACUGCAGCCCCUGCUGAUGGUGCUGGUAAGAAUCUUGAGGAUAUGUUAGUUAAGAAAACUGAAAUGAAGGGGCCAGAAAUGUAUAUUGCAGAAGAGAUUAGUGCUGAGUUUAGAGAAUCACUGCUUGCUAGAGUUGGAUUGGUAGGUGUGGUUUAUUUGAAGACAUUACCUCCAAAACCUUCUGAUGAUAAAGAAACUGAGUUUUCCUUUAAAGUUGAGAAUACAGCCAGUGUCAAGAGGUUUGUGAUGCAAAGUUCCAGGGUGAGCAGCCUUGGGAAUGGUUUGUUUCAUGUGAGGACUGCUCCAUCAGAUCAACCUAUUCCACUUAUCAAGUACAGUUUACUACCCCGAUUAACCCCUUUGCCUCUAAGGGUUCGACUUGUCAAACGUCUUAGUGGGACUUUACUUUCUAUUAUGAUACAAUAUGUAUCAAAUCCAGAUUUACCAGCUCCUCUAAAUGACGUGACAUUUGUUCUGAAAUUGCCUGUGGACCCAACGUUAUUGAAGGUUUCACCUAAAGCUGUUCUAAAUAGGUCUGAGAAAGAGUUAAAAUGGCAUGUCGAUGAGAUUCCGCUGAAGGGAAACCCUGGUAAAUUGAGGGUGAGGAUGCCUGUGGAAAUUAAUGAUGAGGAUGGUGAGUUAGAUCUUGAGGUUGCUUGUUAUGUGAAGUUUUCAUCUCAAGCAAGUAGAUCUUUGUCUGGAGUUUCUUUGCACCCUGCUUCAGAGGGGAAGACCGAUUUUUAUGAGGUAGAUGACAGGUAUUCGAGUGGGAUUUAUAUAUGCAAUUAAGCUUGGUAUUUUGGUGGCUUUGGUUUUCUUUCUCAUAUCCUUUUUUUUUGGGUUCUGCAGUUCGUUGUAUUUAUAAAAUUUUCUGUGUUCAAUGAGAUGUGUACCUUAAGAAGACUUGUAGGAGUUUGUGAAUUUUCCCAAUCCUUAAUUGACAUGCUCACAGAGAAGUUUUUCUUCUUCUUCUUCUUCUUUGUAAAACAUUGCAAAUCACUUGCUUUGAGUAAUUGAGAGUAGAUCUAUUGUAAGUUUUUACUAGUCCAAGUUGAUGUUUCAUGAAUUCUUUGCCAGCAUGCGGUCAAUAUAAUUCAUGAAGAACUUCGUGUAGUUGAGGUUUUGGUAUCAAAGUUCCUGCCACAUGGUAGCCUUGGAACUGUGGUGGGUAAACUCACCAUCCCAAUAUUUUCCUCUUACAACUCUGCAUGCUGUUUUUGCUUUGCAGUUUUUGUCUUGAUAGUUACAGGUGUUUUAUAUUCUCAACUUCUUGUUAACACACUAUGUGAGACUGAGUCCGUACUUCGUAAAGCAUCUGGCAAAAACGAUACAACUGUUCAUACCCUGGUAUUAGAUAUGCUUUGAAACUGAUGAAAAUCUUGAACUAUUACGAAGUAGAUAAAGUGGUGGAGAUUUAUUAUCUAUAAUAUCUAGACUUUUGUCUUUCGGUAUUUUAUUCUUUUUUACCACUUGUGGCCAUUGUAAAAGAUUGUUAGGAGAUUGGAUCAACAUCCCCACAAUUUAAAUUACGUAUGAACCAUAAUAUUAGUUCGUUGGAUUACCUUAUGGAUGUUUUCUUGAGCUACAAACAUCAUGUUGUUGCUGUUCAUAGUUGCACCCACAAAAGUAACAGUACUUGAUGGGAAACUUGGGUUUAGGACUGUUUAAAUUGACUUUCCUUCCUACGGGUUUGCCACUCAUUCCUUGGUAUUCAUAUCUAAGUUACCUUUUUGGCUUGGAAAUUACUGCAGUCAACUUAUUCUUGAAUGAUUUGACGGUAUGUGAACUGGUCUAUACUAUUUUCGUACGUAAACUGAUCUAUAAAAUUUUCGUACGUAAUAUAUGUUCAUCUGUGUUUGUGUCUCUUUUUUCUUGUAGUGAC